AUGCCAUGGUGCUGUGGCGGAGCAAACACCGGAGGCACCACAUCAGCAGCUCUUAUCAGUACUGGUAGCAGUAACGAAAGCGCAGCAGCAGCACAGCAGCAGCAGCAGCGGGAGCGAUCGAAUAGGAAUGUGGACACAACAGUGGACACUGUCCCGAAAUCCUCAAAUACAACGGAGCACUUCGGGCCGAUGCUCAUACAGCCUCGAAAGACGAUCUUAAUUUUUUAA